CACCAACACUGUAUACUGCAUUCCUAUUAGGAGUAAUAUGGUAGUGUACCGAUCCGAACACAGCUCUGUAACCGCAUGUGUGAUAAGACUGAACUCUCCAUCUAUCAUCUGCUUCUGAGGCGCUUCCAGGACUCCGUUCACUUUCCUGAGGGACCGCAGCAGAGCAGUCCAGUCUCCUGCAGGUGCGGGGAAGAGAGCUGAGAGGAUGGAAGUUCUCUGUGGAUGCCCAAACUAACAGCUCCAGCAGAUCAUACAUGACCAUCAGCAGAAAUAACUUUGGCGACUUCUGACAAACUGCAUCGUUAUACUGCCUGACAUUGCCUCGAUAUUUACUGUUCAUCUCAGAUCAUCUCGCUUCAGUUCCUCUGCGGUUCUGCUCAUCUUCAUGAAGUACAUCUGAUUUAAACUUGUGGAAAUACAUCGCAGACAUCACUUGUUCAUCUGACGUGCGAAGGUGAAGGCACUCAGCAUCAUCCACUGCACACGACUGGAAGAUGAAGCUCGCUGGAUUUAUGCUCCUCCUCAUCAAUUCAGCGGCCUCCAUCAAUCUCAAAUACAUCUCCAAGAGGAACUCAGUGGAUGGCUGUAUAGACUGGUCGGUGGACCUGAAGACGUACCGCGUGCUGGCUGGAGAGCCGCUGAGGGUGAAGUGCGCUCUCUUCUACAGCUACAUACGCACCAACUACAGUGUGGCCCAGAAUGCCAAGCUGCGGCUCAUCUGGUACAGGAACAAGGGCGACUCCGAGGAGCCCAUCAUCUUCUCGGGUCACCGGCUGAGUAAAGAGGGAGACUCCAUUUGGUUCCGCUCCGCAGAGAUGGAGGACAAUGGAUUUUACACUUGUGUGCUCAGAAACUCCACGUACUGUAUGAAGGUGUCCAUGUCUCUGACGGUGGAGGAGAGCGAGGAGGGACUCUGCUUCAGCAGCCGGAUACGGUACCAGGAGAACGCCGAGAUCACCAAGAGCAAAAUGAUCAGCUGCCCUGACAUCGACGACUAUCUCGCACCCUACAAGCAGCCUACCAUGACCUGGUACAAGGAGUGCCAGAGGAAAGAGUGGAGGAGCUCCAUCAUCAUCAACACCACCAGCCUCUGGAUCCCGGAGGUGCAGGAGGACGACGGAGGGAAUUACACCUGUGAACUCAAAUACGGCAGCAGGGUUGUGAGACGGACCACAGAGCUCAAAGUCACAGCACUUCUUACGACCAGACCACCAAAAGUGCUGUUCCCGUCAGAGAGACAGGCCAGUGUCAUAGACGUCCAACUCGGCAUGCGUCUGGUCCUGGACUGCAGGGCUUUCUUCGGCUACAGCGGAGAUUCCCGGCCCAUCAUCUACUGGAUGAAGGGAGAUAAGUUCGUGGAGGAGCUGGAAGGACAUAUACGAGAGAGUGAAGUCAGGCUGGUGCGGGAGUUUCUGGGGGAGAAGGAGGUGGAGCUGUCGCUGAUCUUUGACGCUGUGGAGGAGACGGACAUGGGCAACUACACCUGUAACGUGGAGAACCACAUCGGCCGAGGCAGCGGCAGCGCCGUCCUGCAGAAGAGAGACGUGUACAGGCUGGAGCUGGUUGGUGGUCUGGGUGCCAUCAUGCUGAUAUUGGGGAUCUUCACAGCCAUCUAUAAGUGCUAUAAUGUGGAGAUCAUGCUGUGCUACCGACGACACUUCGGCAGCGAUGAGGCCGAUGAUGACAACAAGGAAUAUGACGCCUACCUGUCCUACACCAAAGUGGACCUGGAGUCGGUGGAGUGUGAGAUGAGCGAGGAGGAGCUGUUCGCUCUGGAGAUCUUACCGGACGUUCUGGAGAAACACUACGGAUAUAAACUCUUCAUCCCGCACCGCGACCUCAUUCCCAGCAGCACAUACAUCGAGGACCUGGCGCGCAGCGUGGAGCAGAGCAGGCGUCUCAUCAUCGUCUUGACCCCCGAGUUCGUGGCCCGCCGUGGCUGGAGCAUCUUCCAGUUCGAACCGCGACUGCACAGCAUGCUGGUGACGGGCGAAAUCAAGGUGAUCAUGAUCGAAUGCUCGGACCUGCGCAGUGUCAUCAACUACCAGGAGGUGGAGGACCUCAAGCACACCAUCCGAGUGCUGUCGCUCAUCAAGUGGUACGGGCCCAAGAGCAGCCAGCUCAAGUCCAAGUUCUGGAAGCGGGUGCGCUACGAGAUGCCGGCGAAGAGAAAAGAGAGUGUGUCCCGCCGACAAGUCCUGGACUCAGGCGAGCAGGGGCUGUUUGGCGACCUGCAGGCCGUGUCGACAGUGGCCAUGACCGCCACCUCGGCAUCUCUAGCGCCGGCUCAUGUCGAGAUACCGGACUAUAACGAGCCGGGCCCCCUGCAGAUGCGCCACUUCUGCCGCAGCUAUGAGUAUGAGCUGCCCAGCUCCGCCAUCGCCACGCUCAGCGGCCGGCACGUGUACUGCAAUCUGCCCAUGACGCUGCUGAACGGACGACUGACGCACAACGACAUCGGCAAACCCAAGAAAGACAUUCACUUGAGCAGCCCGUUCGUGCCGCUGUCCGGACCAGAGCUUUCCAGUGACAUCUGGUAGAGCGGCUCCGCCAAACAUCGCUUUGCUGAUCUCAUCCUUCCUUCCUUUUUAUCUGCAUGAGUUCAUCUUGUUAAGACAAAAAAAAUACAUAGGGCCAGUUUUACUAACAGCUUGCACCAGCGCAAACCGUCUUUUGGCGUUAAAAUAAUACUGUCAGGAUUUACUAAGGACGCGCAGUGAAGAAUUAGUGCUGAAAAGUCGUGGACACAGUUAUUUUUGGGGCUGACCUUAUUGAAUAUGCAUUUGUAGGAGUUUCCCUUUCAGACUUUCAGAAUUCAUGGGAGGAGAGCAGUGGUGCAGUCUAGUUUUUGUAGUGAGCAUACUGUGAUUUUUUCCCUCCCUCACCCGUCCCAAAGCGACACCCCAUAAGCACCACUCACUAAUGUGUACAGUAUGCAUCUACAUGUAACUGACAGCAUUCUGAAAGACUGCUUAUGCGAUGUCAACAUGUCAAUUUAUUAUAAGCAACACAAGACAGUCAAUGACAUUUACAGCUGGGGAGACUGGACUGAUGUUCUACUGUGUUAAUCAUCUAACAGCCAGUUAAGAGCUACAUUUUUCCUGAAUAUUGUCUCUGGAGCACAGGUUUUAUCAGCUGGCAAUUUUCAAUGCACAUUUAAGAGUGCCAGAUUUUAAAUUCCCUAUAGCCUGACCUUCAGUCCACAAGACUGGCCAGGAGUUCUCAUCUCUCUCAUCAUCUGAAACAAGGAGAUAUAAACAUUGUAUUCAGUUUAACUGCUGUACACAGACACACACAUAUCUGUGUUAUCUCACCCCUUCUCCUGCAUUCAUUGAUCCGCGCACUAAUGUUACUGAAGUUAUUAGCUAGUUAUGUUGCGGGCCGUAGCUGGGGAUUGCGGGGCCCCGGUGCAGGUUAUACCUGUGGGCCCUGUUUGAAAUAGUUUAAUAUAUGUUUGUUCUAUAUAUUUAUUUGUGCUAUUUACACAAUGUUUACAUUUUUCAAGUUUGUAGGUGUCCAGGUACAGAAACUGAAUAAUCAAAUAUAAAAUAGCAUUUUAUAGUCUUUACUGUAUAAAUUAAAUAUAAAUUAAUUCUUGUCAAACUACAAAAUCGUUCGGUAAAGAGCUGUGAGUGAUUUAUAUCUGAUUUUAUUUCUUGGAUUAGCAUUAAGGACACGACAGCAGCUAGUAAAUUAGGCGCGAUCACUUUAAGAGACAAUACAUCCAAUAUGAUACACAUCCGAUUUUUUUCUCAACUGUUUACAUUCACUUAAGUUUAAGUUUGCUGUAAGUUUAAGUUUGCCUUUGCGAACACGGCGUGCGAGUACUCAUUUGAGUUUUUUCGCGUCCUAUAUUUGAAUGCUUAUAAACUCUUUUGAAUGUUUAAAUGGGCAAGGCAUAAAAACACGUGCAAAUGAUAAGCUUUCGUGGCGCACAGCAGUGACGCAUUUAUAGGAUGGCCUCAGCCAGUCAGUUGAAAUGAAAGAGUAAUAACACUGAUCAUCAACAGAAACACAGCGUGAUUUUCAAAAAGUCAGUGCUUCGAUCGCAACACAGAUGGGGUGAAUUUAUGAAUGAAUGUGUGAAAGUUCUGUCACAAAGAUGUUGUUACGUAUCCUCACGCUUUUUUAAGUGGGUAUACGGAAGUCCUUGACCUUUGCUAGUGGGUAUACGCCAUAUACCUCCGUAUCAGGUAGACUACACCGCUGGAGGAGAGUAUUCAAAUGAAUCACGCAACGUGAUUUACUAACGUCUGCGCGCGUCAAAUUACUGGCAUUUGCCCAAAAAACACAAUUUACCAGACUCACUCACUGUAUUUCAUUCCGUGCUUUAAUAGGGUUACAAACUCUUUUCCUGUUAUCCCUGCUGAAAAAACAAAACAAAACAAACAAAAAAAACAAUAGAACCCUGCCCAAAACACACUACAAAAAGGAAUUUUGUAAUGGUUUUACUGGAAAAAGCUAAUGGUUUAUAAUGGUAUUUUAAUGGAAACCAUUGGAAUUUCUGUGAUGGUUUCUAUUGGGCUUCUAUUGUUUGUGUUUUGUUUUGUUUUGUUUUUAGCAGGGAUAUUAAUGCUGUAGAGUAUUGUCAUGUUUAUCGAAAUAAAACUGAUAAAAAGUGAAUUUACCCACAGGUGUGUGUGGGGGGGAUUAGGGACCCUCUCCCCUACUUGCUGAACGUGUUCGAAAGUGAAAGUGAAAUCGGAAAAAAUCGCGCAUAAGCAACUGGUAAUUAAAUAAGAAAUGUAAAUAUUCUUUAAUUCGCGCGUUGUUAGUAAAUCAGUAAAUCGUCGGCGCUGUUUGGAAUAAAGCUCUGGCGCUAAUUUCUUGUUUAGUAAAACUGGCCCAUGAUGGUUUAUCUCGCUUUCUUCAGUGUUUUCAUACCUUGUUCAAACAGAUGCAGAGCUACUGAUAUUGUUUUCUUACUUGAAUUUUGAGGUAAUUCUAUGUACAGUUAUUCCAUCAAACACGCAUCUGGUUUAUUUGACAUUAUGACUUCAGUUGUUGCAGCACAAUAAUGUAAAGACACGUCAGCUCCGAGCUUUAAAGAAUAUGUUAUUUAUGCAAAUAAUUACUAUUCAAAUCUAAUAAGCACAUUGAUAUUUUGUAGCUAGUCAAGGAGGUAUUUACAUAUUUGAUACAGCUUAUCAUUUGCCUUAUUUCCUGAUCGUUUGGCUGUUUUCUUCCUCAGAAUUAUUAUGUUUUUCAUACAUUAUGGAUAGAUACAUCUGGUUUAUAUGGUGUAUCUGGUACUACAGAUGAAGCAUUUCAGUGCUGGUAAUGAUCAAAAACUUUUGAUCAAUAUUGAUAUUUAUUAUCAUUUUAUUGAAUUUGUAUGCAAUGCUGCCCUUUAGGAUGAAAGGUCACUAAAAUUGGUGAUUUGAUUUUGUAUACUCACGACUAGUAUGCCGUUUUACUCUUCAGAGACAGUCUUGUGUGGAAGAGUAUGAAUAUGCGAGCUGUUAUUAUACUCACAAACCAAGCAGCUUGUCUGAUUCACAGGUUUCUGGUUUUAGCAUAUAAAUUAUUUGUAAUAUACCUUGCAAAAAUAACA